UCAGCAUUCAGGCCGGUUGUUUUUUUUUUGUCUCUCUUAUGGUGCUGCAUUUGCUCUCACGCAAUGGGAAAUAUUGAUUUGUUUUAAAUAAAUUCGUAUAUAAUAAAUUUUAAUUAAUCCAUCUACCUGAGUUUACAGGGUUCUCGCUGUUCUAAAAGUUACCUUCUAUAAUGAAUAGUUUAAUUGGUACGUUGGCUGCUAUUGUGAUCAAGUUGUCCUUUCUUCUGGGAGAAAACUCAUCCCUAUUGGAUCAUACUAGAACUCGAGUUUGGGGUCCUGGCAUAGAACUAGCCGAUAAGCUCCCGUUGAACGCAAGGUACUUUUACAUCGAACCAAGAGAUGAACAAAACAAUAUUAUUACAGAUCCAUUGAAAUAUCGUGUCUUGUUUAAAGGCAGAUCCGUGUUAGGUGAGUGCCGGGUGAAAAUCGAGCAAAUAGACCGCUUCGACGGGUCUUCUCUUAUUCGAUAUAAACUAACGGAGACAUGCUGGGAUACGGAUAUACACGUACUAUAUGGAGAACGACAUUUGGGGGAAUCUCCAUACAGGUUUAAUAACAAGCUCUAUACAGAAAACUGCAACUGUCCUCAAACAAACCUAGGCGAAUGGAUUCAACAGAUCGAUUGUCCGGUAUCAGAUUCACAAAUCGAAAGCGAUCUUAUACCAUUUCGAGCAGUGAAUUUCUCCAGCCUCAGGCCCAGAAUCAUCCAGCAAUACGACAAGCCAGGAAGCGUUUCGUUGUGUAAUUAUGUGAUAAAAAACAAUCAAGUUUAUCGUACCUGCUACGGUCGUUAUACAGGGUUUAAGAUGUACAUGGAUGCGCUUUUGCAAUCAAUGGCUCGUAAAACUAUUCUGCCUGAUAUGGAACUGUUCGUCAAUCUAGGUGAUUGGCCGUUAGUCACGAAAGGAGGUCACCGACGUACGACGGGACCGUAUCCGAUUUUCUCAUGGUGUGGUAGCGACGAUACAUUCGAUAUUGUAAUGCCUACCUACGACAUUGUUGAAGCAACGCUGGAAGCCAUGAAUCGAGUCACCCUUGAUAUGCUCUCCGUUCAGCGGAAAGGGAUUCCAUGGGAAGACAAGGACGCUAAAGCAUUCUGGCGCGGACGGGAUGCUUGUCGAGAAAGGCUAGACUUGGUUGGGUUGUCUCAGAUGCAUCCGGAUAUCGUGAACGCUUCUUUAACUAAUUUCUUCUUCUUCCGAGACGAGGAGAAGAAGUAUGGCCCAAAAGUUGCGUAUAUAUCAUUUUUUGAUUUCUUCAACUACAAAUACCAGAUCAAUGUAGACGGAACGGUAGCUGCGUAUCGACUUCCUUAUUUGCUAGGUGGAUCUUCGGUUGUAUUUAAGCAGGACUCCAAGUACUACGAACAUUUUUAUAACAAACUUCAGAAAUGGAAGGAAUUCGUUCCAAUUAAGAAAGAUUUAUCCGAUUUAGUCGAAAGUAUAGAAAAAGCGAGAACAAUUGAUGAUACCAUGGUGCAAGUACGCAACAACGCAAAAUACUUUGUCGAGAAGCAUUUGCUGCCUAAAUCUAUUUUAUGUUAUUAUGGAUUACUGUUCAAACAAUACGCUAAAAAUAUUGUCAGUUCUAUUCAAGUACUUCCGGAAAUGGAAAGAGUUGAACAACCAACGUCUAGUUCCGGUUGUGAAUGUGAUUCGAUGCUGGUAAACAAACACGAUGAACUUUAAAAGUUACAUUCCAUCAUAAAGAUCUGAAAUAUGAAUUGCAGAAACCUCGCAAUGCAGUAUGUUUUAUUUUAAAAGUAUGUAUAUAUUAUGCGCAUUGAAUCUCGGUGAUAAAUUUAUUGGCAGUAAAAACUCUUCUUAAGAGAGAAAUAAAUAUUUAAUAACUUGAAAGAA